GUGGGGUGAGUGGUGGAGUGAGUAGUGAGUGGUGGAGUGAGGGGUGAGUGAGGGGUGAGUGGAGGACCAGUGGAGCGGCCAGUCGAGGAGUGAAGUUCACCCCUUGGGAUGCUCGCUAUAAAUCAGGUAGAUACCCCCCCAUCACCAGCCCCUUCACGCUCCUCCUCAGAGACCCGAGUGCUUGAGGCGGCGGCGUCGACCCAAGCUGCGCUGCCUCCCCCGGUGCCCCUCUGUCGGUAGGGGCGGCCUCGCUAGACUCGAGGCUUGCGGCCUCGACGGGGUCUAAAGGGAACAUCGUCUACCUUAGCCGACACCUAUGCAAACUGUUUGUCAAUGAAGUUUGCACUUAAAUUGUAUGCAACUGAUAACAAGUGACCCGACAUCAGGGAGCUGGGAUCUGAGAUCUCUGGGAUAAGCAACCUGGGAGUUGGGAUCUGGGACCCCGGCUCUAGGGUCCCAGGUUUCCUCACCAGAGACCUCAGGGGGACCCCUGCGUCUCGCGUCCCCUCAAGGGGUCCCCUCACUGGGUCCCCUGUCUCCUCACGGGGUCCCCUGUCUCCUCGGACGCCAUGAGGGGGACUUUUGCGAGGAUUCGGGGCGGCGAGCCCCCCGCGUCGGGGGAGGGCCCCCCCCCCGUCAAGCGGCCGUGCGGGCCCACGGUCACCGACCCCUUCCCGGACGACUUGAACUUGUCCGAUGCCGACUUUGAGCAGUUGAACCUGCUCGACUCGCAGGCCGAGCCACAGCAGCAGGCCGAGCCACAGCGAGUCGCGGCGACACUCCCUCGGCUGCGGACUGCGAUUGCCCCUGGACCACGCGGCUCGCAGGGUCCCGGGCCGUGGGCCCUACCGGUCCCUGGGCCACGGCCUGCGGGGGUGGUGGCCGCCGCGGACGAUCCCCCCUCGGAAGGUCAAGGGUCCAGGGAGGUGGAGGCUCUGAUACGGGAGGGGCAGUCAUUGAAGGACAAGUGCACACGACUGCAGGAGGAGGUGCACAUGCGCGAGGGAGAGGCGAGGAUACUGCGCGAGUCUCUGCAAGCGGUGCAGGCCGCCCUGAACGAGCAACGCGUCGAGCGACUGAGACACGAAAGGGACGCCACCCUCGCCGUGGACCAGCGUGAGCGGGACCUCCACAAGCAGGUGGAGGGCCUGAAGUCUCAGAUGCAGUUCAAAGACGCCGAGACGAAGUCGCUGCAGAACCGCCUGUACGUGCUGGAGCGGGGCACACGGAGCCCGCGGUCCCCCUGGGGUGGCUCUGGCCUCACUACUGGCAGUCCACGAGUGGGCGCAUCAUCGCCUCGUGCAGACUCCUCGCUUGGCCGUGGCACUCGGACGGAUGCAGCAGAAGAGAAGAAGCAGAUGAAGGAUUGUGGGAAAUCGCAGGCAUCGGAGGAUGGGCGCGGCACGUGGGUGAUCAAGCGCCAAUGGAGCCAGGGUGCGCUGCUGGUGGAUAAGCUUCUCCGCGUGCCUGGUGUGUGUGCCCAUCUGCCUGUGAGCUCGGCUGCUAGGAGAGGAGGAGGUGCGGUCUCUGCCGAUGCCGAUGGUCAUGACAACCCCGGCGAUGUCCGCUCCGCUUUGGUGCUCUCCCUGAACGGCCUCUCCCGGCUGCUGCACCCCACCGGCCCUGCCAGCCCACUCAGCAGAUCUCGGACUUCAGGACCGACCGGCCCGCGUGGCAUUGACGGAGACCUGUUGGAGUGGGGCAUCGUAGGUCGUGAGGCCGAAAUAUUGUCGCACUUCCUGCCGCUCAUCGAGCUGCGGCUGGGCCGCUACGCCGAUGCCGCCUUGGCCCGAUUCACCUCCCGAUCCAGGCCUGGCGAGGAGCCGGUCGUGGUUGCUAUGGAAACGGAUGCCGAGGCAGCAGCGGCUGCGGCGGUGGACGCGUUGGUGCUGGAGGAGGAGGCGGAGGCGGCACUGAAGACGCUCCUUGCCCUCCUCGCCGGCGCGCCCGCCCCCAUCGCCAAGGCGUUGUCGCCGUUGCCUCAAGAACCCGAGACGGAAGGGGGCCCGGUUCGGGAGAAGGGGGCCUUGGGAAAAAUAGUGGGGGACCCAGGCGCACCUCACCCCCUGCUGAAGAGGCUGGUGCAGGUGCUGAAGCCGUGUGGUGAUGGCUUGGAGCGAACGGGGGCUGUGCGGAGCAGGGGAGGGGGGGCGGGGCUGCUGGGGGGUCCCGGGCGAGGGCAGCGGGAGGCGAUCGUCUGCACCGUCCUGCGGGUGCUGGCUCAGCUGGCAGAGAAUCGCCACGGCAACCUCACGGAGAGCCUGCUGUUGGCGCUAGAGGGGAGCGGGCGGCUGGCGCGCUGCAUCACCGUGAAGACUCCUCCCAGCACGGUGCUCCAGGUCACACGGAUCCUCACCGCGGUGUGCUGCCAGCCCCGCGCCCUCUCCCUUCUUGGCUGCGGGUCAGACCACUGCACGCUGCUGCACGUGUGCACGUACGUGUGUGAUCGGGGGCCCCGGGGCUCCGAGCCUCACCCCGACGCCUGGCUCCAUCUCCAGCUGCAGCUGGCGCGGGUGGUGGGUGCCAUGGCAGAGGCGGGGCUGGUGCCGCAGCUCCUCGCCUCCCCCUGCUCCUGCUCACACGAGGUGGGGAAGGCGCUGGCGCUUUCGCUGCACCGCGCCUGGCUCUCGGUGCGGGAGCCCAUGUGCUACGUGGGCGGCGCGACUCGCUGGGUAGCGCCGCUGUCCGGUUGCAAGGAGCGCCGGACGGGCCGGGUGAUGCGCGAGCUCGUGUGGGGCCUCUGCGCGCUGUCGGCCGGCCCCGAUGACGGGCGUUUCUGGAGCCUCCUGCAAGACGCGGCUCACCCAUUCGUGGAGGCCACCCGCUGCCUGCGGAGUGGUCUCCUCCUCCAGAGUCUGCUGCCUGACUAUGGGCCUGCUGAUGAGGCUGCCCUGGAAGGACUCUGCUUCAAUCCUCACGUGACCAGCGAGCAGCACAGCCACGUGGAUGACGACAUGGAGGUCACAUGACCUCCUGGAGCUACGAGCGUCGAUUGUCACGCCCCCCCCCGCCUUGCAUCGACGUCACCUGGGUCAUAGGUCAUAAAAUAUCUCCAAAGCGGGAGGCAGCGGUGCUGUAGCGAGUGGACCGAUGGCUCGUUAAGCAGCGAUGUCGUGGAGUUUUGACGCCGAGUUAAGCAGCGAUGUCAUUGCGCCAACCUGAACACGCGAAGUGUCGGCGUCUUUCUGUUUACGGUUACAAGGAAACGUUCAGCAAUUACGUAUUUGGGUUGAUUACCAGCUCUUAAUGCUGUGACAUAGCAUUUGACGAUGCGUCAAGUGGCGAAGUCAUCGCGUGUACGAGGAGGACGUAGAGCUGUGACAUUGAACCGAUCGCCGGCACCUGUCGCAGUGAUGUCACUGAGUUAAGUGACAACGUUGUGAUCGGUCACGUCAUGGACUUACCGUUUGAAGCAGUUAUGUCAUGGGGUUUACCGUCAAGCACUCAAAGCAAUGCCAUGGGAUUGAGCGGCAUCACCUGUAGCGGUGACAUGAUCAGAUGAACUUUAAGGAUUUGAAGCCCGAAGUCACCAUGUUUACUGACGACGUUCACGGUGACGUCAUUGGGCAACCUGCACGGUGUGGGGUACGAUUGCGUCACAGCUCCGACCCGCGCUGUCCCUGCGACGCGACCUGUCGAGUGGGUGCGGGGGGGGGGGGGUGCCACGCUCGGGGGGUAGAGGGCGACCACCUCGUCGUGUGCUUCACAGCGCGUCCAUUGUGCAGUUGAGUUGAAAUAAAAGUUCUCGGGCGGUG